UCUCUCGUAACAAUGGAGCGCCCAGGUAGGCCUAUAGGUAAUCAUUGACUCACGUCUGAGGUGCAGCAGGACUGUUCAAUGUUUACUUCUGGAGGACUGCAUGCAAAAUAGUCGUUGAUAAAUUUACGGUGUGGUUCAGAAUUGAUUUUCUUAACAGCCCUACUAUAUUUUGUAACCCCAAGCCCCGGCCUUGAAACAUGAAACAUCCGUAGGACCAAUCCGUCGCUUACAUUAUAAUAAUCCAUCCGUUGAAUACUUCAAAAGAUAUGCAUGCAUGUCUGUAUGAACAUAUACGUUAAAAAAUGGCGUUCAUGAAGAGUGCUAUCCUGGUCUGUGUGACUGCGGUGCUGACGGUGUACCUACCGCAACUCUGGACCAAGGCUCUGCCCAUCAUCACUGCAGGAACUGUACAGCCUGGAUUCGAACCGGUGGCCAAACUCUUCAGGGAGAACUUCGAGAAUGGAGUGGAAUACCCGACAGGUGGUUCAGCAUUCUCGGUGUACUACAAAGGGUCAAAGGUCGUCGACAUCUGGGGAGGGUACGCAGAUAGUGAGGCAGGACGGCCAUGGAAGGAGGACACUUUGACUAUAGUCUUCUCCGCUACGAAAGGCAUGGCUGCCUUGUGCAUGGCCGUUCUGGUGGACAGGGGUCACCUUGACUACGACAAGACCGUGGCUUCCUAUUGGCCAGAAUUUGCCCAGAAUGGCAAGGAAAAAAUCACAGUGCGUACGCUCCUGAACCACAAGGCUGGUUUAUCUGAAAUCGGCGCCAACGUUACUCUACUGGGGGACCAAGAUGCGUUGGGAGAAUUCUUGGCACGGUAUGCCCCUGAAUGGCAGCCGGGUACGGCUCAGAAAUACCAUGCGUUGUCCUUCGGUCUGUACGCCAGCCAGCUCUUGAGACGCGCCGACCCCAAGCACAGGACACUGGGCCAGUUCUUCAAGGAAGAGAUCGCUCAACCAUUUGGCAUUGAUUUUCACAUUGGUCUCCCCUUGGAAUUGUACCACCGCUAUCCGCGUUUGUCCUGGGCCAGCGCUUACAUGUGGUUCAAGGAGGCGAUAACCAGUCGGCUCAUGCGCCAAUUCAUAUGGAAGAGACUGAUGACCGGGAAACUGCAAGCGGUCUUUCAGCCAGUACAGUUCAAUGAACUCAUGGUUCCCGAGAUACUAGCCCUCGAACAGCCGUCGGCCUGGGGAGUAGGAACGGCCCGUGCUCUCGCUAAAGUCUACGGAAUAUUAGCCAAUGGUGGAGCCACGUUGAAAGGUCAAAGGUUACUUUCUGAGGCCAUCAUCAAAAAGGUUAUGGAUGAGGUAAAGGGAACUCCAGUUGGGAUGGAUGGAUCAGCUGUUGCUUUCAACCUAGGAUUCGCUAUUGAAAAGGAUGCCAAACGGUUCGGCCAUCCAGGGUUAGGGGGCAUGCACGGCAUUGCCGACCCUCAACGCAAGCUUGGCUUCGGAUAUGUCUCCAGCUUCCUGUCCACGUACACCACUGGGAGAGACCACCGCUUCCAUCCACUGCUAGAGGAGACUUACAAGUGCAUUGAGAAACUGGAGGCAAAAUAACCGUUUCGUGAAGUUUUGGAAAAGAUGGUUGUGUCGUGUGCUUGGCUACUGUUUGAUGAUCGUUGUUAUUGGUGUUGUGAACAACAGAGUAAACAAACAAUGAGUAAAACACAUCGUCAGAGACACCACGAAGUAAUACCCAAGUGAAGUUGGGUUCGCGCUACGUGAGCGUAUAUUACAGAACCGAGUGAUUUUCGUUUUGAUUAAGUAACAUUCGUCUUUAUUUCACCCGUUUGAAGCUUUUUUUUUUAUUACAAUUGUCUAUAAAUUACAAGACCACACGGAUUAAUUAUAUUCCUGUCAAUUUGUAAUUGUUUUCUCUCUGGAGUCAUUCUAUUUGUUUGUUUUUUUAAGAUAAAUAGUAUUUCCGUAACAGUUGUGUAACUUUCUAAAAACGCAAAUCGCAGUGUUACUUCGUGAAACCAAUAUGUGUCAUUAAGCGGUUUUCACGAAGCAACACUGAAGAGGACUUGGGUGUUACUUCGUGGUGUCGGUGACGAUAUAUCGUUAAAACUAGUAAAAAAAAUUCAAAAGAGAAACUGACAUUAAGAAGGUGUAAACCCUAUGCAAUCUUUUUAAAAGGUUAAAAGUAUAAUUAAAAGUGCAAUGUAAGUGAAUAAUGUUAAAUUUAAGUACAUGUACAAUAAUUAGUAUUGAACCGUCAAAUGGGGUAACUGGUCAUUUUUGAGACAUAUUUAACUACUGCUUUUAUAACAAACCUGGUAAAUUGGAAUCUCCGAAAUAUUUAGAACAUUCAGACUAAAUUCUGCACUUUGGUGUUGUUUGGUUGCACAAAUAGUAUUU